AUGUGCAUGAGGAAUUCGAGAGUAGAACCUAUAUUUUUGUUGUCAUGUGGUUCCUUCAAUCCAGUCACUGUGAUGCACAUGAGAAUGAUGGAGUUAGCUAGAGAUAAGAUUGAAGAAUCAUAUUUACCAACACAGCCGCUAUCUAAAGAUUCGUAUGAGGCAGAAUGUACAAACAAAACAGUAACAAAUCCUGGUCAUAGAAAAGUUGUUGUCGGUGGUAUAUUUAGUCCUGUGUCAGAUUUAUAUGGCAAGAAAGGUCUUCUCCCUGCUUCUGUACGCAUUGAACUUACACGUCUGGCUUGUAAUUCCACAUCAGAUUGGCUGACUGUCAGUAACUGGGAAUGCUGUCAGCCAAAUUGGUCAAGAACUCGCGUGGUUUUAGAUCAUAUUCAGACUGCACUGGAAAGUGUGUAUUCGGAUUUGUGUAACAGUAAAGCCGCUGAGUGUAUUUCAAUCUUGAAAAAUAAACCUUAUGUAGAAAGUGAUUCAUACCAUCAUUUGGUUGUCACGGUUGAUGAACAAGUGAAAAAAUCAUCACUGGAAGGUAUGUCAACCAACAGUUGGCUUAUGAAUUGCUUAAUGAGCAUUGAACCCCCUGAGAACAAUCAUAAAGCAGAAUGCACUGGGAACCAGUCGUAUACUAAUGAUUAUGAAAACAACAAUUCCUCCACCUUUUCCUCUUAUGAGAAAUGUGAUUACAGGCACAAAAGUGAAUCAACUAAAUUUUGGCUGUCAAAGCCGCACGUGAAAUUCGUAUGUGGUAGUGAUCUUCUUCAGUCGUUUUCAACUCCCAAUUUAUGGGCUCUCGAUGACCUUGAUACUAUUAUUGGAAAAUACGGUGUGGUUUGCAUAACUCGGCCGUCAUAUGAUGCUACGAAGAUCAUUCAUGAAUCAGAAAUCCUAAACAAGUACAAGGAUAAUAUUGAGUUUGCGACGGAUGGCUGUCAAAAUUCACUUAGCUCUACUUUAGUACGUGCAGCGCUAUGUCAUGGGAAAAGUGUUCGUUAUCUUGUGCCAGAAUGUACUUUAGAAUACAUCUAUACUCAUAACUUAUACGGUGCUAAAAGAAGAAAUGUUGGUUUACGCAAUCGAUGUGAAUAA